AUGCAAGCCAAGGUCGCAGUUCACGUUCACAAGGUCACCUCAACUCACUUCGGAGCGCCAACCACUAUCCCUGCGACCAAAUUCAACGAGAUGCGCCGAUUUUUCCAAGGAUUCAAGAGCGACGUUGAUAAAUUCAAGGACCAAGUGCAAGAACACGUUGCCCAGUUCAGUCCAGGAGAUGUAUCCUCCCCCGGGGUAGAAGAUUUCGACGAGCACGAAUCGGAACACACCAAGAUCUUCCCCGUCCGACAAGAGGAUUUGUUGAAGUACCGGAAACAUCGUGGAGUAAACCUCGGCUCGUGGUUCGUCCUCGAACGCUGGAUAACAGAUUCACCCUUCCGCGAAGCAGCAGCACCCGCAGCGAGCGAUCUGGACGUCGCGAAAGGCCGAAACGCCAAAUCCAUUUUGGAACGACAUUGGGAUACGUGGAUCCAACCGGCGGACUGGGACUGGAUUGCUGCGAGGGGUAUUAAUUCUGUCCGGAUUCCUAUUGGGUAUUAUCAUGUAUGCGGAGCGGAUAGGAGUAUACUCGACGGGACGGACUUUUGGCCGUUUUAUGAUGUGUACCAGGGCGCGUGGAGGAGGAUUACGAAUGCCAUCCUCGAGGCGAACAAGCGCGGUAUAACCGUCCAACUCGCCCCAGGAAAACAAAACGCCGACCCGCACUCCGGCACCUCCAACCCCGCCAACUUCUUCCACGACCCGCACAACCUCCGUCGGGGCCUCUACGCUCUGCAGUCCCUCUCCAUGCACCUCACGUCUUUCCUCAACAGCCACGACCCGCCCCUCUCCAACGUCGUCUCCAUCGAAUUGGUCAACGAACCUGCACCGCCUAACGAUGGUGUGCUGAAGCGGUGGUACGACGAUGCGAUAAGGGUUGUGCAGAGGGGUGCGCGUGGCGUGCCGGUAUAUAUUGGGGAGUGUUGGAGGCCGGAGGUGUAUGCUGAGUAUGUGGCGAGGGAGCUGAAGCAGGAGGAUCCAGAAGGCCUAGUAGUACUAGACCACCACCUCUACCGUUGCUUCACCCAAGAAGACAUCAACACAUCCGUCUACGACCACACCGGGCGGCUGCGCGACCACAACGGCAUACUCUCGACCUUUACGCGCGUCGCUGAGCUCGUGGGUCGAGCCGGCGGGGCGCUAUCCGUGUGCGAGUGGUCUGGCGGUCUCAAUGAGGGGAGUUUGAAGCAUGUGCGUGGGGAGGACCAACGGAGGAAUGCGAGACGUGAUUUUUUGAGAGCGCAGUUGGAGUUGUAUGAGCGGACGUGUGCGGGGUGGUAUUUUUGGACGUAUAAGAAGGAGUAUAGGGGUGAUGUGGGGUGGUCGUUUAGGGAGGCGGUGGAGGAGGGGGUGUUUCCUAUGAAGAAUGGACGAAUUGACGCUGGUAUUUUGGUGAGGAAGAAGAGGUGGACGGAUGCGGAUGUGGAAAGGGAAUGUGUGCGUAGGGUGGGGAAGAUGGAGGAGGAGAGGAAGAAGGCGUAUGAUGCACAUAGAUCCUACUGGUCCCGCAUCCCGGGGCGCUACGAGCACCGCAGGUUCUGGUAUGGUUUUACAGCUGGGUGGAAUAUGGCGUGGAGGUUUUAUGAUUCUAUCGAACCGGAUGGUGAGUAA